AUGGGCACGGAGCAUACAGCAGCAAAUGUUGAGAAGAUAAAAAGCGUGAUGGAUGCGAUAAUGGGCGACCUUGAGGGAUAUCUUGAGAUGUACAGAAGCCAUGCAAGAUUCCUCAGGGGAAGGAUCAGCAGAGACAAGCAGGAGGGGGAGGUUCUUCUGCAGACGGUGACAUCCACGCUGAACGAGAUGAAGGAAAGGAACGAAAGGCUGGUUGAUGAGAGAAAUGGGCUCAGGUCUCGGAUUGAGCAGGAUACAAAGGACCUUCGGGCCUCCGAGGAUGAGAGGCACGAGCUUAUGAACCAGAUCAAGGAGCUUGAGAUGGGCAACCUCGACCUGAAGGAGGUUCUUAAAGAGAAGAGGGGGAUUGAGGGGGCUUUUGCAAAGAAGAUAGAGCUGGUCUUCGAGAGAAACAAGCAGAGAGAGGCUCAGAUGGAAGCGAAGGCGGGGUGGUUCAGGAGGUAUCUUGGGAUAGAGAUCAUUCCGAUGAGGGAAAAUGUGAUUAAGGUUGUUUUCAGCCGGAUAUGCCCUGAGGACAGUGUGGAGUGCUUUGUAACCCUUGAUCUGUCAGCAGACGGGCCUGUCGUCGACCUGUUUCCCCGGAUGUAUGGCCUUGAAAGGGCCAACAGUCUGUUUAGGGAGCAUAACAACUUUCACGACUUCCUUCGGGUGAUUAGGAGUGGGUUUCGGAGAGAGUAUUCUGGGAUGUGA